GUUUAUAGGUUUUUCCCGCUUGUGUAUCUAUGUCAACCUCUUCCAACUCGCAGCAUCCAGUGGUCCUCGCGCUCUACUGAUUGUGUGAAGUCACGCACACACUGCUCUCGAGCGCGCUCAGCGCGGCGGCGGUUCCCGCCUCGGGGAUGGCGCCCUCUGCUUCGGUGUUCAAGUCGGGUUUUCAACCUCAGGACAACAAACCUCGGAUGGAAAGUGUACUUCCCGACCCGGAGCAGCUACUGCUGUUCCUCAGAAAACUCAAAGAGGUGUUCGACGUGUGCGACGAGGAUUCGGAUGGUUUCAUUCGCGUGGAGCAUUUCGUAGACCUCGGUUCACAGUUCGGCCAAGGAGACGAGGUGAAGAAGUUGGCCAAAUGCUUGGACCCCAAUGCUCAGGGCAGGAUCAACUUCAAGGAAUUCUGCCAUGGAGUGCUGGCUAUCAAAGGCUGUGAGGGGAUCCUGAAGACCACACUGGGAGCUCGCAGUAUCACACGGCGUCCCUAUGAGACCGACAACGGUUACUACUACCAGCGUGGUGACAAAGCGCUUGCACAUCCGGUCAUCAUGUGCACGCGGGUGUCCGUUAACCCCGAGCCUGGGUGCCAUCUAUUCCCAGAGGGAGAGGAGGAAGGAGAGGUGGAGGGCAGAGAGAGGGCAGAGUUAGACAUGGACAGUGCUGUGGAGAGCAACCCGGGAUCAGAUGUCUCUGAAGGGGAGAGGAGCGGAGUAGACAAGGAGGAUGGACCGGGGGGACUUUUCUUUCCUGGAGACAAGUGCAGUCAGCUAAACCCAUCGGUGACCUCUGACCUGUCGACGCGUUCCUCUGCCUCUCUGAACGAGGAGCAGUUUGAGGACUACGGAGAGGGAGAGGACGUGGACUACACUCCCAGCAGCCCCUGCCCCGAGGACGAGACGUGCACCAACGGCUACUCUGACCUGGGCUCCUCUGUACCCUCCAGUGCUGGCCAGACCCCAAGGAAGACACGUCACCUGUACAAUAAUGAGAUGAUGGACGUCUACUGUUCCCAGUGCUGUAAGAAGGUCAACCUACUCAACGACCUGGAGGCCAGGCUGAAGAACCUCAAAGCCAACAGCCCCAAUAGGAAAAUCUCCAGCACAGCCUUUGGCAGGCAGCUCCUCCACACCAGUAACUUCAGCAGCAGCAACGGCAGCACAGAGGACCUGUUCCGAGACAGCAUCGAUUCCUGUGACAUCGACAUCACUGAGAAGGUGAGUUACCUAGAGAAGAAGGUAGCAGAGUUGGAGAAUGACACGCUGAUGAACGGAGAUCUCAAGUCUAAGCUGAAGCAGGAGAACACACAGCUGGUUCACAGGGUCCACGAGUUGGAGGAGCAGUUGAAGGACCAGGAGGCGCGGGCAGAGCAGAACACAGAGGAGGAGCAGAGACGACACCGUGAGGCCUACAGCAAGAUGGAGAGAGGCAAGAACACUGAGCUAGAGCUGCUACACAACCGAGUCCAACAGCUAGAGGAGGAGAACGGGGAUAUAUCGGUGAACAUGUGCAGACUGAAGUCUCAGACAGAGAAACAGGACGAGGAGAAGCAGCGUAUGACAGACAAGCUGGAGGACACCAGUCUGAGGCUAAAGGAUGAGAUGGACCUCUACAGGAAGAUGAUGGACAAGCUGAGGCAGAACAGACACGAGUUCCAGAAGGAGAGGGAGGCCAUGCAGGAGUUGAUUGAGGACCUUCGUCGGGAGCUGGAGCACCUGCAGCUGUUCAAGCUGGAGACAGAGAAGCCUGGCCGCGGCCGCAGCUCCUCAUCUGGGCUGACGGAGUUCAACGCCAAGACCAGAGAGAUGGAGCUGGAGCACGAGGUCAAGAGACUCAAACAGCGGUUUGUCUCGCAGGACUUUCCUCUGACCUCUGACCUCCGCCACCUCAUAGUAUCCGCUGGGGCACGCCUCCGUCACGGUCAGACGGAGAACCUGAAACUGAGGGAACAGAACGACGACCUGAAUGGUCAGAUCCUCAGUCUGAGUCUGUAUGAGGCUAAGAACCUGUUUGCCACCCAGACCAAGGCCCAGUCGCUGGCUGCCGAGAUAGACAAUGCCUCACGAGACGACUUGAUGGAGGCCCUCAAGGAGCAGGAGGAGAUCAACUUCCGUUUGCGGCAGUACAUGGACAAGAUAAUUUUGUCUAUCCUGGACCACAACCCCUCCAUCUUGGAGAUCAAGACCAACUAGAACCCCCCAACUAGAAACCCACGACUAGAACCCCCUCCGGGAAUGGGAAAGGGAAAGGAAGACUAGCCAUGGUGGGGCCUGGGACAGCCGGACAUCAUUGCCCCCUGCUGCCCCAGGAGUGGAACUGUGAACUUGGGUGUAUUCAUUAGGCAUAAACAGAAGAAAACAGACAAAUUGGGAGGUACUACCUGGACUUGUCCAAUUAGAAACACUAGUUUUUGUGUUCCGUUGCUAAACGUUUUGCUACGGUGUGGCCUAAUGAAUAUGCGAAUGGAGCUAUAGGGGAAUUUCUGUGUUGACUACUAAAGUUUUGGUACUUCGCCAUCAUACUUCUGUUCUAUUCUGUGACUCAUCAACAGAUGUUGGUAUCUCCCUCAUGUCUCCUUCAUGCACUUUCUUCUAUGUUCUCUAUUUUUUUCUCACAGCCUCAUCUUUAGUCUUAAACACAAUCGAGAUUAAUUAUUACUGGGAAAAAUAAUUAUACUGGGCAGGUGCUUUGAAUAUGUAGGGCAUUACUGGUUGUUGAACACUGGAUGUACGUACUCUAGUAAACAAUGUGAACACAAAUCUAUUGAUCUUCAAUAGCGUGCGUUGUAGCCAUAUGGGAAGAUAGGAACAGAGAGAGACUGGCAGAUAGACAAACAGAGAUCUUUAGCUUCCAGACAACCCUAUCCCCACUGCUUCCUUAAAGUUGAUCUGUGUUUGAUCGCUGAAGACCGGUAUGUGGGUAGAGGCAUGUUGAUGAAGAAAGUAAAGGAGCACGUGUUUUUGUGCGUAAGAAGAGUGACAGAAAGAGAUGAAAGGAGGGAGAGGAGAGAGAAAGUAUUGUACAAGCAUCUCCAUGUCAAAAGGUAUUGGCUUUGACUCAAGAAGAUAUCAGUCAUGUGAAGUGAUAAUGAGAGGCAGCAGAACUUGGUGUGAUGGAAUGCUUUCAGGAGGAUGGAAUGGCUUUGUGAAGUCAAGAAGGAACAGGUAAAGUGUAUCGGUCAGUACAGUACAGAGGAAGAUAAGAGAAGAAUGCCUUCCUAGGGAACUCUGAGAUGACGGUACAGUAUGAUCUGUGUAGAGUAAUACUGUAUGAUAAAUCCAUAUAGUAAAUCCUUAACUCACACAGUGAGUUGUUAAUUGGCUGGUUGAAAAUUUCCGGAUGCCAAUUCCUCUUAAUCAUCAUUAUUUUCUACUCAGACAUUCUGUGGUAAGUCUGUCUAAAUAAGUUGGUUAGACCUGGGAUAUCUGCUAUGAAGGAUGUCCCAUUGCAUAGAGCUGCUAUAGCUACCCGCAUGAAAAAAAUACUAUAGUAUACUAUGGUAUAUAUACUAUAGUAUUCACUGUAGUGUUUUGUUGACUUUUUUUCUGACUUACGGAGUCCGCAAAAACACUGCAGUGAAUAUUGUAGUAUUUAUUGUAGUAUUUACUGUAGUAUUCUGUAUUAUACUGUAGUAUUUAUUGUAGUAGUUACUGUAUUAUACUGUAGUAUUUACAGUUAACUAUAGUAUAAAUACUGUAACAAUCGAAAACUGUAGUAUAUACUAUAGUAAUAAUGUAUUGUUUUUGUGGAUUGUAGUAUUUACUGUAGUAUUUACUACAUUGUUUUUGUUUUAUUAUCUUUGACAUAGAAAUGGAGGCUUUCUCCUUCAGGAAACCUACUGGAGAAAUACUAAAAGAGCUAAUUUGCCAUAACCUGUAGCUAGGACUGGGGUCUAAACAGAUUGUUCAGAGCUUCUGCUCUUUUCUAUAACCUGUAGGGAACGCACAACAUGGUCCAUACUUGGCAUGUAGUUUUCUGACUUAUGGGUGGUACAAAUUGCGAUAUGGGGGAGGGGAAUGGGCAGGGUAUAUGCAGUUAAGAUACUGUAGUAUUUACUACAGUAUUUUUUUGUGGCUAAUACUAUAUAGUUUCUACAGUAUACUAUAACAUUCUAUAGUAAGUACUACUGUACACAUGAUCAAGGAAUAGUACAGUGUGUAGUAUAGUAUACUACAGUUUACUAUAGAAUUAUAUAGUAGGUACUUUAGUAUUUUAUAGUAUACUGUAGUAUUUUUGUAUGUGGGUAUUAGCCCAUUAGCCUAUAUGCUUUAUAUUUCUGUGUCGGACACUGCCACUCCACUCUCCCUAUAUCCACACUGAACAAGAGACAAACCCUCCCAGCAUACAGGGCUGUCAAGUCAACAGCAUAACAAUGUACAAGCACACGAAUGUAACCCUAUGGAUGUGAAUGUACAGAAUGCUUCAUGCAUUCUGCAUAGAGAUAGAUACAGUAUUUAUCUCUAUGUUAUUCCACAUCUCAAUGUGUUUUAUGAAUUUCCUCUGGGUGUUAAGCCAUGUCAGUCUGGCUCAUUGAAUCAUCCCUAUCAUCUCUAUAUAAGAUACUGUAGUAUACUGCAGUAUAUUCAUCAGAAGUUCACUUACUGUAGACUAGAGUUUGGUACUAAUAAGACUGGAAUAGCAAUCAUACUGGAGUCUAUACAGAGUAUAUGGGUAGUGUUUGCCCUUUGGCUAGUAUACUGUAAAUAUCAUGAAUGUCUCACGUAGCUAACAUUCUCUGUUAAAACCUAAUGGGUUUUUGUGUACAAAUCUACAUUUUGUUGAGACAGUUUUCAAAUGUCAUACAGUAGGCCUUUGCUGUACUACUGUAUUCGAGAGGACGUUGAUAGGCAAAGGGGAUAACCUGCUGUAAAUUAAAUUGCUCUAACCAUAUGUUUUGCUUCCUUGCACAAAAAUAUGUUGUUUUUUCUUAUUUUUGCAUGUUUUCACCUUUUCUGGUAUUCGUGCCUUUAAAACACUUAUCUAUUUUUAUUUUUAUUAAUAUAGCUAUGUUGUUUAGACAACUUAAUAAUGAAUAUUUUUACUGUUGCUUUAAAAACAAUUGUCUGAAUGAUGUUCAUGACUUGUAAAUGUUGUACAGAGAUACUUUAGUUAGGAUUUGUAUUGUGCCACUCACCACACUUUUACAGAUGAGACCACAAAAAUACAAUUUUAUACAGUUCUAUCAGGAAAUGGCCAGGUAAUCAACUCUAGUUUAUAAAACUGUUACAGCACAAGUUUAUUUUGUAUUUUUUUCUCCCCAAUUGCGUGAUAUCCAAUUGGUAGUUACAGUCUUGUCCCAUUGCUGUAACUCCCGUACGGACUCGGGAGAGGUCAAGGUUGACAGCCAGUCCUCCAAAAAAUGACCCUACCAAACCUCACUGCUUCUUGACACACUGCUCGCUUAACCCAGAAGCCAACCGCACCAAUGUGUUACAGGAAACACGGUACAACUGGUGACUGGGAUGGAACCCGGGUCUAUAGUGAUGCCUUAGACCGCUGCGCCACUCGGGAGGCACAGCACAAGGUUUUUUAUUUAAAAACAGAUGAGCAUUGGGGCAUUUUUUUUUCUGUUUCUGCGGUAACCUAUCUAUGAAUGCGGUGUCCAUUGCUUUUAAGAUCGCUUUGGUUUCUGCAUCCUUUCAAAGUAUGUUGAUAUGGUUUCCCCCUGUCUUCCUAUACACUAAAUAAACUGCUGAGAAAUUUGAUUUUUCUCUAUACCAUACCAACCUGGCACUACAAGGUUUACUUCUACAACCUUGAAAGAUUCACUUCACACAAAUUGAAAUGAAGUUGAGAUACAUUGAGAAAUGUCUUCAAAUUGAGCGUUGACUUCGUCCUCAUGUAGAAGCCCUCCUAUCGUUUGAGGUGAUGUUGACCAAUGGCAUCCCAUUUCAGACAGUGCAACAGCCAAUCACCUGUUGAGCACUGUCACAAAGUUUCACUUGCAACAUUUUAAAUAAACUCAAACGUUUCCCAUUUGUGUGCUCCUAAAUACUUCCCAACACAAUGAAAUAUGUAGUCUCCUACUCUUCAAGAUAUUGAGAGGUUGGAUUUUAAAGUGCACAAGGUGUGGCAUUGUGGCAAUAAGAAUGGCUUGGGCUUGUGAUAUCUUGUGAUUUUCUGUUACCUUGUUUCUGUUGUCCUAUUUCUCUACCACAUACCAUUGUUACUGAUACAUUGAAGCACUGUACUGUAUGUGGCUGUAAGUAGGCUACUACUUAUGGUAUGAGGUCUUAUCUGCAAUUGUGAUGUACAAACAACUUCAAGCUGUAAAUAAAGAGAUUUGCCCUGGCAUGAUUACAA